UUAACAAAUCGGACACUGCGGCAUGAUCCUGAACGCAGCAAAUAGCAUCCAACAUGGCGGCAGAGCCGAAGACUUUGAUGCAAAGCCAGCAGCAGAGCUGGACAGAUGACCUGCCUCUGUGUGAGAUGUGUGGCGUCGGAGUGGCGCCCAACUGUGUGUACAGCCAGGAUGGUAAAGGAGCCCAGAGCCACCCCAUGGAGGACAGGCAUCUCAGGCUGAGAGGCGAGAACUGUUUCCUCUAUGGCGUUUUUAACGGCUAUGACGGCAGCAGGGUGGCGGACUUUGCAGCCCAGUGUCUGACCGCUGAACUCCUACUCGGGGAGCUCAACUCAAGUCACACAGACAGUGACGUCCGCCGGAUCCUCAUUCAGGCCUUUGAGGCGGUGGAGGAGAGUUACUUUAAUACAAUAGGUGAUGCUUUGGCUAAAAAGGCUCACCUGUCCAACUACCUCCUGCCACACAAUGAGAGUCAGAAGGUCCAGGAGCGCCUGAAGGAGCUGGAGCAGGAGGUGUCAGGAGGCGCUACGGCUGUGGUGGCUCUGAUUCUCAACAAUAAGCUCUACAUCGCCAAUGUUGGUACAAACCGGGUUCUGCUGUGCAAGUCCAGCAGCGACGGUCAGAACCAGGUCCUCCAGAUCGGGCGGCCACACAGCACCGACAACGAAGACGAGCUACAAAGACUGGCGGCAAUGGGUGUGGACGUGGCUCGAAUACGGCAGGCGGGACAGAUCGCUGGACAGAGCAGCACCAGGCGGCUGGGAGACAGCAGAGUGAAGAUCAACUACUCUGAGAUAGAUCUGCUCAGUGCGGCCAAGGCAAAGCCCAUCAUCUCUGAGCCAGAGAUCCAUGGCAGCCACCCUUUGGACGGUGUAACAGGAUUCCUGCUGCUGAUGUCAGAGGGUCUAAUAAAUGCCCUUGAGUCUGCCCACGGCCCAGAACAGGUCAACCAGGAAAUUGUAGCCAUGGUAGCGGCUGAGCUGGCCCAGCAGACCAGUUUGGAGGCGGUGGCUCAGUCUGUGGUGGAGCGGGUCAAGAGGCUUCACCACGACGUCUUCGUGUCCGGCCGCCAGAGAGCGGCCUUCUGCUCUCGGCACGAGGACAUGACCCUGCUCAUUCGCACGAUCAAUUACCCGCUGGCGGACGCCGCGCUCACGCCCACACAAGGUAGCGGGCGAAUUUAUCCAGUUUCGGUACCGUACUCCAACAGCCAGAGCACCAGUAAAACUAGCGUGACCCUCUCACUGGUAAUGCCGUCUCAAAGCACCCUGACCAACGGGACUAACACCGCCUCCACCCUGGAGGAAGGCACCCCCACACCGGGCAGCCAGAGCCCUACAGCCACCCUGCAGUCCACCAACACCCAAACACAGAGCUCCAGCUCCAGCUCGGGGGAUGGAAGCCUGUUUCGUCAGAGAGGGAGCCAAGCAGUGCAGCCCGACGAGACCGGCAGGGUCCCGCCCUACGUGGACUUUAGUCAGUUCUACCGACUUUGGGGAGGGGACAACAGCGACAGCCAAAGCACACAGGGAGGCCUUGGACCCCAGUAAGGAGGAAGGUCUGAAGGAGGGGCAUGAACUACAAGGAGAAAUGUUGUUUAUGUUUUGUUUUGUUUUUUUGUUUUUUUUAUCAAACUUGUGGAAUUACGAACAAUAUGUACUGCAAAAGAGACUUUGUGAGCGUGAGUUGGAAGGAACCGGGGCUUUCUAUUAUUUCUUCAAUGAAAACUGUGAGGAAGUGGCGUCACACCACACCCCAAUUAAUGUUUGCUUCUCUUCGAAACAUAAACAGUCACAACUCGAUUAUAGUAAUCCAGAUUGGUGAAGUUCCUGUUGAAGGGAACUCCAGGACCUGGACAAGGAUGUUUUAUUCAAGGCCUUAAACUGUAACUAAUGAAUGAAUGAAUGAAAGCAUCUGAAAG